GGGCAGCGCAGAGCCGAAGCGGGCCGCGGCCGCCGCGCCCGAAACACCCGGCUCCGGGCACUGUCCCCGCCUGGCUGGCCCAAAGCCGGCCUUCGCGGCUUUCACUCACUCUUUGACCCUCCGUCCACCGUGACACCCCCCGCCGCAGGUUGCGCUACUGUAGCCGCCGCCCGGCCGGCGCUCGCUCCUUUUCGGGCCACCACCAGCAGCGAGCGAAGCGCGGCGGGGCCGGCGGCAUGGCUGUGUCCUGGAGGAGCUGGCUGGCCAACGAAGGGGUUAAACACCUCUGCCUGUUCACCUGGCUCGUCCUGAAUGUCCUGCUUUUUGGAAGAACUUUUCUGCAGUAUAACCAGUGGCCAGAGUAUCACUACCUCCACCAGAUGUUGGGGCUAGGAUUGUGUCUAAGCAGAGCCUCUGCAUCUGUUCUUAACCUCAACUGCAGCCUUAUCCUUUUACCCAUGUGCCGAACCAUCCUGGCUUACCUUCGAGGAUCCCAGAAGGUUCCAAGUCGGCGAACUAGAAGACUAUUGGAUAAAAGCAGAACAUUCCAUAUAACCUGUGGUAUUACUAUCUGUAUUUUCUCAGGUGUGCAUGUGGCUGCUCAUCUGAUGAAUGCCUUCAACUUCUCGGUGAACUACAAUGAGGAUUUCGUGGAACUGAAUGCAGCAAGAUAUCGAAAUGAGGAUCCUAGAAAGCUUCUCUUCACAACUGUUCCUGGCCUGACAGGGGUCUGCUUGGUACUGGUACUUUUCCUCAUGAUUACAGCUUCUACAUAUGCUAUCCGAGUUUCUAACUAUGACAUCUUCUGGUAUACUCAUAAUCUCUUCUUUGUCUUCUAUAUGCUACUGAUGCUGCAUGUUUCAGGAGGGCUGCUGAAGUACCAAACUAAUUUAGAUACCCACCCUCCUGGCUGUAUCAGUCCUAAUCGGACUCGCUACCGGAAUAUUCCCUUCUCAGAGUAUCUUUCAGAGGACUUCGAUGAAAUUUUCUUUGAAGAAUUUUCAAAACCCAAGGAGCAUACCGGGAAUACAGAUGUAAAGAUUUGUGCAGAAGAGCCCAGAUUCCAAGCUCAUUUUCCACAGACUUGGCUUUGGAUUUCUGGACCUUUGUGUCUUUAUUGUGCUGAAAGACUGUACAGAUGUAUUCGGAGCAAUAAGCCAGUCACCAUCAUCUCUGUCAUAAGUCAUCCCUCGGAUGUCAUGGAAAUCCGCAUGAUCAAAGAAAAUUUUAAAGCAAGACCUGGUCAGUAUAUCAUCCUACAUUGUCCUAGUGUGUCUGCAUUAGAAAAUCAUCCAUUUACCCUCACAAUGUGUCCUACUGAAACCAAAGCAACAUUUGGGGUUCAUCUUAAGAUAGUUGGAGACUGGACAGAACGGUUUCGAGAUUUACUACUACCUUCAUCUAGUCAAGAUUCUGAAAUUCUGCCUUUCAUACAAUCGAGGAAUUAUCCCAAGCUAUACAUUGAUGGCCCAUUUGGAAGUCCUUUUGAAGAAUCAUUGAAUUAUGAGAUUAGUCUCUGUGUGGCUGGAGGCAUUGGAGUAACCCCUUUCGCGUCAAUACUCAACACUCUUCUGGAUGACUGGAAACCAUAUAAACUUAGAAGACUGUAUUUUAUUUGGGUGUGCAGAGAUAUUCAGUCCUUCCUUUGGUUUGCAGACUUACUCUGUGUGUUGCAUUACAAGUUUUGGCAAGAGAACAGACCGGACUAUGUCAACAUUCAGCUGUACCUCAGUCAAUCAGAUGGGAUACAGAAAAUAAUUGGAGAAAAAUAUCAAGCCCUGAAUUCAAGACUUUUUAUUGGACGCCCUCGGUGGAAAAUUUUGUUUGAUGAAAUAGCCAAAUGUAACAGAGGGAAAACAGUUGGUGUCUUCUGCUGUGGCCCCAAUUCUAUUUCCAAGACUCUUCAUAAGCUGAGUAACCAAAACAAUGCAUAUGGGACAAAAUUUGAAUACAAUAAAGAAUCCUUCAGCUGAAAACCUUUGAAAUGAUUCAGGACUCUGAAAAAGAAAGGAGUGCAAUUUUUAAGACUUUGAAACUCAGCUGAAUCAAACAGCUAUGUUGUACCAAAGAGUAGCAAGGCUUUCUUAUUUAUGAUUAUUUAAAAUGGAAAUGAAGAGAAAGUGGCAAGAUAAGAGGUAAUAUUAAACAUGUUUAAUCUGAAAACCAAAGAAGCCCUGUAGAGUGUUUGAUGUGGUGACUCACAUUCCAAUGUUCAAAUUAA